GUGCGGUGGGUUUCAGGGGCAAUGGUUGGACUCUGGCUUCUCUGCCACUUGCUGCAACGCUGGGCCUCGGUCACCGCAGCUGUGGGUGGAAUCGCUGUCCCACCACCCUCCGAGGAUCACCAUGCAGUGAAAGCUACCGUGUGGCGACGGAGGAAGGUUUGGGCUCCUCCUGUCCUUGGCUGGGCUGGGCGCUCGCCCCUGUCCUACAGGCGCCGUUGACUUUCUGUGAACCCCGUUUCUUGAAGGUGACCUUUGGAGCUGGCCGGAGUGGGUAUCAGCCCUCUUGGCUCUUUUAUCUAGAUUUUGCUUUUAUGAAGGCCGGGGAGGGAGGGCUCGCCGCUGGUAGGCGGACGUGCCAGGCAGGUCCUUUGCCGCCUGAGGACCCCAGAGUUGUCACUAGGGCCUUCUCCUCCAUCCUGACCCUCCACAGCGCUGCCCGACUGUGGGACCUAAGACCAGCUGGGGCCCAGCUGCUAUUGCCGCUGCCCCUGCCACCCGAGCCUCCUACCUUGUUUCCUCCUUUCCUUUCUCCUUCUUCCCUUCCUCUUCAGCCCUCUCCACCCUCCACUCUGCAGCUGUGGGGCCUUUGUGUGACCCCUCCACAGCCUGAAGGGACCUGGCUGUCAGACUCCCACCUUUAG